GUGCUUCACAAGAUCUUGGCUUUGAAAGAAGAUUGCGGUUGGUUGCACACCUGGAUGGAUGCCGUGUCGGGGCAACGGUUGCUUCUGCUCGCGGCAGCCGCCGAUGCCGCUGACACAGUCAUGGAGUUCUUGAGGCUGAUGGACAAUGAAGGACAAGGAACACCAGGGCAAGUUUUCGAAAUCAAUGGCUAUAGCAAGCAUUGUCUAGAUGUCUUGCAAUCAGAGCCUGGAUUAUAUGUGAAGCACCGGGGACAACAGAAAAGAAUCAGGGUUUCUGCUGCAGAUCGCCGCGCCGUCCUGCAGGCCUUCAAGCCAUGGGUGCACCUCUGCCAUGAGGCUUGCGAAGCAGAGUUUCCUCAUUUUCAUUUGUUUUCCUCCAUGGGCGUCUUAGAUCUUCGCUCUGACGCACGGCGCACAGAUGAAAGAUAUUCUUGUCUUCGCCGCUUGGCUGCGGCUUUGCAGUUGAUGAGCAAGGGCUUGUCUCUGAGUUUGAAACUCUUCGCCCAGUGGCCAUGGCUUUCCGAAAAAUACGAGACCAAGAACUUGGCCCCGUUGCUUCGCGCACACGCAUGCUGGACAACGUCUAGCUCUGGGGUGGAGCAGGCCUUUUCCAAGGCUCAGAGGAGCCAGGGAGCGAAACACUUUGGUCCAAAGGCAGCCGAAUCAGAGCGUCGAGCCAUGGUUUCCUUGACAUACACUGACUCCUCUGCAACUCCUUUGGCCUCGGUCGUGGACAAAGCUCGUGAGCUCUACGCAAGCAAAGUGUCCAGACACCUGGGCCAGCACAAAGGCAAACGUUUUGACAAGGGAGUGAAGAGAGGGCCUCGAACGAAGUUGGCUGGGAAGUUGGUGGAGAAAACUUGGAUCAACCGCAGGCGUGCCUCUGUCAAAGCAGCUGCUGCCCAGAGCUCAGAGCUUGCAACCUCGCGCGAGACGGCGCGGAAGAAGAAGAUCGAAGCACAUCGUGAUGGCUACUACCAUGGUGUGGAUGCUGCGGAAGGCUUGAGUUUGGAACAGGAGGCAAUGAAGAGAGCCAGAGAGGAUUCCAAAGCGGAUCGCUCCAUGCGUUUGAAACGGCAGAAGCGGCAAUGUCAGCUUCUUUCCACAACUAAGAAAUGCGAUUGGAGGUGGCAAUCUCUGGGGCCUGCCAAGGCCUGGUUUGCCAGUGGCUUGCCGCCGAUCACAUGUGGUCCAGGGUCACCUCGCGAAGCCGGGCCGGUCUGGCUCUGCGAGCGAGCAGACCCUGUUAAAUCCCUAGGGUCCCCUCGCGAAGCCGGACCGGCCUGGCGAGCAGUAGCCAACAAGUCAGUGAGGAUGUACCUGACCUUCGUGACCGAAGGCAAGAAUGACUCCCAGCUGCAGCUCCAAGUUUCCCAGUGGCAGGCUGCAACUGGCUUGCAGCCUGAGAUUGGCAAGAAAACGAUUCUCGUGCACCUGGACACAGCGUUGCUUGGGGAAUCUUCGGGACCGAACUGCCAACCUGAGCUGCGCGGAAAGCGUUGGAAACCAGACAGUGACCUCGUGGAGAAGCUUGCUGCUUGCCCUUGUAUCGGCUUGGGCGCCCAGGCAGUGGACAAGGUUCGUUGCUCCUUGCCUGCAGAAGGCACUGUCGUGGCUGUGGUGGACCCGUUGGGCGCUGGCCCAAAGCUUUUCAAGGAGGCUUCCAAGCUGUCUGUGUGGUUGAUGUUCAAUGAGAAGUCUGUGUGUGACCGGAAGCAGAUCGUCCGAGCUGGUGCCUACAGCCAGCAGAUGGUGUGCAACCUCUACACAGAGAAGCCGUUGAGUUUGAGCACGCCGGAAGUUGAGCGCAAGAUCUACCCGGGCUACAGCCACGGCGAUGUCAUCGGCUACAUCUCGUGCUUGGGCGCGUCAAAGCUGUGGCGAGCUCCCAGGAAGGACAAACUCGAUGUUUUGGGGGCGCGGCACGUGUCCUUGGCCAAGCCGGCCGAUGAUGCCAGCGAGCGAGGGACCAGCGAACCUGACGGCUCUGCGGGAGCUGGGGAGCUUGAGAGCGUGUUCAGCUGUUCCAUGCUGCCGCAGGAGUACUAUAUGGAGAUGAAGCUUGAGAUGAUGUUGACAGAGUUCAUCUUUGAAGAGCAGCAGCGAGACGGAUCCACCUUUUACAUCCCUGAGAUGAAGAUCGCCAAGACGGAUGAGCAGCCAGAGGCGGUGCCCAAAGCCAAAGCCAAGGCGAAGGGUAAGACGACUAAGAAGCGCGGCAAGAAUGCCGAGGCUACAGAGAAGGACAACGAAGCCAAUCCUGAGG